AUCUCUAUCUUAAUUUAUCCCCCAGACAGUUUCUCUCUCUUUCUUUCUAUUCCUCCUCUUUGCCCAGCAGAAUCAUCAUGAAAUCCUCCAACCCAAAUGACUUUCAGAAAUUCUCUUCUUCUCCGCCACCGUCAGCACCACUUUACGUCGGUGUUAAUCAACCCAUGGCAACCGGUGUUCCGGUGAGCUCGACUGACCAUUUCUAUUCAAACAACACACACGCACCAAUUCACCAUCAACCCAAAAGCGAGGUUCCUUGGUCCACCGGUCUCUGUGACUGCUUCGACGAUGUCCCGAACUGUUGCAUGACAUGCUGGUGUCCAUGUGUUACUUUUGGACGGGUUGCAGAGAUUGUGGACAGAGGUUCAACAUCUUGUGCCGUGAGUGGGGCGAUUUACACGCUAAUAGCAGUUGUGACUGGUUGUGCGUGCUGUUUCUCAUGCUGCUACCGUUCUAAAAUGAGGCACCAAUACAUGCUGCAAGAAAACCCCUGUGGAGAUUGCUUGGUUCACUGCUGCUGCGAGUCUUGCGCCUUGUGCCAAGAGUACCGCGAGCUCAAAAACCGCGGAGUCGACAUGACCAUUGGAUGGCAAGGAAACGCGGAGAGACAAAAUCGUGGAAUGGAAUUGCCGCCGGUGUUUGGAGGAGGAAUGAGUAGAUCAUGAAUGUGAAAUGUUUGCUUAACUGGGCUGCUAAUUAUAGUGGCAAAAUUCUCUUCAUUUUGGAUUUGUUCAGUUUCCAAUGUUAAAGUAGAAACAGAAAGCGUGAGCGAUGCUGAAUUAUUAUAUUUUACGAUUAAUUUGUUAUAGAGUAUUGUCAUAAAUAAAAAAAUAAUAAAACUCGAUAGUAGUGGUUAUGUUAUGUAUGGUCAGGAGGCCCAAUUUUGCAUGAUCUACUUAUACUUGUUUGUUAAAUCACAAGGAAUUGAUUGUGGACUAGUAAAUUAAAUUCGUUUGUGGUCCAAUUUUCGUUUUUGUGCCCAAGUCACAAGAGAGCCCUAGUCAACAUUGUUUUGUGUUCCUAAAUUAAGAAAAGAUUUAUACAAGUCAAAUAAGCUUUUUUUUUUUUUUUUUUUAAAGUUAUCUUUAUACUCUUCGCAACCAAAUUAAGAGUAACUUCUAUAUAUACACAUAUCUAAUUGUGUGUAUAUUACGAAGGAAUAAUUCUAUUAAGAGAGUUCUGGUAACAAGAGUGUUGGCUCAUGUGCCUUCUACCAAGUACAUACUAAAAAUUAUGAACAUUUGAGGUAUAUGAGACCAUUUAAAGGUACAAUAACUUACUAUCUUUGUCUUGGGAAAAGAAAAAAAAAUUACUAUCUUUAUCGAUCUAGGUUAUCAUGGUAAGACAUUGCAGGUCCGAAUGAAAAUAGAUGAUUCUUCUUCCUUCUUUUUUCUUUAAUGUCCAAUCAGCAGUAGUUUCUUUCUUCUUUUUGUCCUACAAUUUUUUUUUUUUUAAAGGUAAUUAAGAAUUGAGUAUGUAUACAGAAAAGAAUUUACAAAAGUAAUUGGGGCAUACCCAAGUCCAGCAUUAGAGGCCCGAAUCCAUACGGGCCACAGAGAGCGAUCCAGUCCUUACAAAGACAGCCCAAAAGAGG